CACUUUUCAGGAUCUGAGUGUGUUUAUAUGUAUAUAUGAUGGCGUGGGGAGUGUGCAGCAGGGCGCUCGUUUGGAUUAUAACUGCGAUCUUGUGCUGGUGUCACAGCAUUCUGAUGCUGUGCAUGCAGAGGACCAAUAACUGAAAAAGUUGGUGUGCACUCUUCAGACAUGGCUAGUGUGGGAGCUCUCAUGGGAUUCAGCGCUUUCACUACAUCUUCUGCAGUAGUUAUGUCAGCCUCCGACAAAGUGAAGAUAUCUUUCUCCCUUCUACGACCUUCAGGGUUUUUGCAGCAGCAGCACCGUGUCAGUCCCAGAGAGUCUUCUGUUUGUGUCCACACUGGAUGGGAAUCUCCACGCAGUCAGCAGGAGAUCUGGAUCCAUCAAAUGGACCCUGAAAGAAGAUCCUGUUCUACAAGUCCCGACGCACAUGUCUGAGCCUGCUUUUCUCCCGGACCCCAAUGAUGGCAGUCUGUACUCUCUUGGAGGGAAAAAUAACGAGGGACUAACGAAACUACCGUUUACCAUACCAGAGCUGGUGCAGGCAUCUCCAUGUCGCAGUUCUGAUGGCAUCUUAUACAUGGGUAAGAAACAAGACAUCUGGUAUGUGGUUGAUCUGCUGACUGGAGAGAAGCAGCAAACGCUGACCUCAUCCUAUGCGGAGAUGUUCUGUCCAUCAUCCUCUCUGCUCUACCUUGGCCGUACAGAGUACACAAUCACCAUGUUCGACACAAAGAGCAGAGAGCUGCGCUGGAACGCCACCUAUUCGGAUUAUGCCUUCACUCUGCCUGACGACGACACCAAAUACAAUAUGGCUCACUUUGUGUCCAAUGGUGACGGUCUUGUGGUGACGGUAGACGGCGAAUCCGGCGAUGUGCAGUGGGUACAGAACUACAACUCUCCCGUGGUGGCCAUCUACAUCUGGCAGCGAGAGGGACUGCGCAAGGUCCCGCACACCAACGUUGCUGUGGAAACACUGCGUUACCUGACCUUCAUGUCAGGAGAGGGGGGACGCAUCACGCAGUGGAAAUAUCCAUUUCUUCGGGAGAAGAAGACUAAAGAUAAGCUAAUGUCCACGCUGUAUGUAGGCAAACACUCUACUGGCUUGUACGCAUCUCCCUCACUGGUACAUGACGGUGUUACUGUUGUGCCCCGCGGAAGAACGUUUCCUUUGCUUGAGGGCCCUAGUAUCCAGGAGUCAAGUCUGGAAGAGGACCAGGAGUGUGUGAUCACACCCAGCACAACAGUGAAAUUUAACACUGCAGUGAAAGAGAGAAACCGCAUCAACUUCAUGAGGAAUUCUCUGCUGCUGAUAGGUCACCACGAAACACCACCUGAUGCUCACAACAAAAUCUUGGAGAAAUUUCCAGGGAGUAUCCCCCGUCAACACGGCAACGUCAUUCCCCCCGCCACAGACAAAACCAUUGAAGAGAGGGUGAAUGAAAGUGGAAUGGAGGACAGCAGUCCAGUACCUCCACCCAUCUCUUCCCUGGAGGAGAAACCUGGACGCCAACCACGUGUGGAGACUCCGGUGGACUCCAUGUUGAAAGACAUGGCUACCAUUAUCUUCUGCACCUUCCUGCUGGCUGGAUGGGUGGCCUUCAUCAUCAUCUACCCAAAGAGUGUUAACAAGCAGCAGCAGCUUCAGCACCAGCAGUUCCAGCAGCAGAUGGAGGAGAAGCUUCACCUCCUACAGCGACAACAUCUCAUCUUUCAGCCGCCUGACUCUGACUUCCUAGAGACAGCCCACAUCCGCUCAGAGGGCUCUUCCCACAGCAGCCCUAACAUCACCCCACGGGCGUCCAACCACUCUAACCUGUCCCAGUCUGAGACAGCACAUUCAGCCAAUGAGCAUGAGGAAGCAGAAGAGGAGUGCAACACUGUCAGUAUUGUGAACAUCACGUUUAAUCCCAAAGAUGUUCUUGGACAUGGUGCUGAGGGAACUAUUGUGUACAGGGGUCAGUUUGACAACCGUCCAGUGGCUGUAAAGAGAAUUCUCCCAGAAUGCUUCAGCUUUGCAGAUCGAGAGGUUCAGCUGCUGCGGGAGUCAGACGAGCAUCCCAAUGUGAUUCGAUACUUCUGCACGGAGAGAGACAGGCAGUUUCAGUAUAUCGCUAUAGAGCUCUGCAGCGCCACACUUCAAGAGUAUGUUGAGCGAAAGGAUUUUAACCGCUACGGUUUGGAGCCUGUGACACUGCUGGAGCAGACAAUGUCUGGACUGGCCCAUUUACAUUCCCUUAAUAUAGUUCACAGAGAUCUAAAGCCACACAACAUUUUGGUAUCAAUGCCAAACUCACAUGGCCGAGUAAAGGCCAUGAUCUCGGACUUCGGCCUGUGUAAGAAGCUAGCAGUGGGUAGACACAGUUUCAGCCGGAGGUCAGGGGUCCCUGGCACUGAGGGCUGGAUUGCCCCUGAAGUGCUCAUUGAAGAUGCUAAGCAAAACCCCACAUGCAUGGUAGACAUCUUCUCUGCAGGCUGUGUGUUUUACUAUGUGGUAUCUGAGGGACAUCACCCCUUUGGAAAGUCCUUGCAGCGGCAAGCAAGCAUUCUGUUAGGAGCAUACUCUCUGGAUCACUUACAGCACAACACACAUGAGGACAUUGUGGCCCGAAACCUGAUCGAAAAAAUGUUGAGUAUGGACCCAGAGAAGAGGCCAUCAGCCGAGAGAGUAAUGAAACAUCCCUUCUUCUGGGGUCUGGAAAAACAGCUGCAGUUCUUCCAGGACGUGAGUGAUAGAAUUGAGAAGGAGCCGUUAGAUGGAUCAAUUGUGAGGCAGCUGGAGAGGGGAGGGCGGGUAGUGGUGAAAGGUGAUUGGAGGGAUCAUAUUACUGUGCCCUUACAGACUGAUCUACGCAAAUUUCGGUCAUAUAAAGGUGGAUCAGUCAGAGAUCUUCUGCGUGCUAUGAGAAAUAAGAAGCAUCAUUACCGGGAGUUACCCCAGGAGGUCCAGCAGACGCUUGGAUCUAUUCCAGAUAACUUUGUUUCCUAUUUCACCUCCCGCUUCCCUCUUCUUCUGCAGCACACACAUCUGGCCAUGAGCUCAUGUGCUGUCGAAAGACCUUUUUUGCCCUACUAUCAUACCUCUGAGCUGCUUAUACCCAGCACACCAACAAGUGUGCCACAGACUCUGCCCACCACUGCAAGCAUUGCCUAACACACUCUCUGAAGUGACAGUCUCGACUGAGCUCACCACAGAAUAAAUACAGCCCGUCCCAGCAAUUUCUACUGAUGGACAUGUAUAAAAUGACACAUUCCUGGGAUAAUUUGGCUCUUGUGUGAAUAUGAUCCAGGCCUGCAGGGUCCAGACUUCAUCACCGUAAAAGCAUCACAAGUGCCUUUUAGUGCUAAUUUUACACAACAGCUGCUUUCCGGUUGACCGAUAGUCUGAGUCUCUUGAUGCAGAUGAUGUGGAAGAAAAUGGAAUCCGCAAUGUGCUUACAAAAUGCUGAUUUAAAAAGACUUUUGUGAAGUACAUAUCCUGUGAUGCACACAUUUAGAAGACAGUACAUAUUUAUGUUGAACACUUGAAGGGAACAAGAAUUUCUACUGUGCAGUUUGACGCUCCACACUUCAGUUACAGACUUGCAAAAACAAUUAAUGUUUUCUGCAUGCUCAUUAUGCGUUGGAAUUUUGUGAAAGCUCUAACAUAUUUGACUUGUCCCUUGUGAUGUCCUGAUAAACUUAAAUAACAGCGUUCUUCAAAAGAUAUUGUUGAUAUUUAUAAAUUUUUAGCAUAAAAAGCAAACCAGGUCCAAUCGACAUUUUUUUUUUAAGUUCAAUAUUUUGCAAGAUCGUAUAAUGAUGAAUGAAUGUAGUCACAAAUUGUAAUCAAAACCCAGACUAAAAAGUAAAUUCUGGAUUUUACAUCAUGUUGAAAUUACUGUAGUGUUUUUUGUGAAUAUUUUUUUAAAUAAUUGAAGUGGCCAUUGUGCCUUUAAUGACACUCUGUCGUGUGUCUUGAAUCUAAAAUGAGGCUGUUGUUUGUGGUUUUGCCUCUUGCUAUUGCUGCUGAAUAUGUCUGAAUCAACUGUAUGACAUUACUUAUACUAUAAGUCUUAUAGUAUGCUCUCUAAAAGCUCUGGGUAUACUUUCAUGAUUACAACUUUUUUUCUUGCAUUAUGCUUAUAACCUCAGUUCUUCACUUUAUAUAUUAUGGCCAACUUUAUUUUCAGCAAUACUUAAUAGAAUUCAAUUCUAUCGGUACUGGAUAACGAUAUUGUUUCAUUUCGGGUUAUUUUACUGAAUGUCUUAUUUCAAGGAUGUUUGUAAAUACUGAAACCAUUUUUGUUUGUAAUGUCUCAAACUCGAAACAGUUGUUGGGAAACACACCAGUGCAGUUUGUUUCACUGUACAUAGCAUUUUACAUAAAAAACAUUCGGUUGAAUUUACAUAUUCCCCACAGAGCUUUUAUAAUAUUGUUUUUAUAACCUUGUGUAUAUAUUUUAGUACUUUAAAGAAACAUGCACUAAGAUACAAUAAUGCCUUUUUACAUGUAGUGUAAUAAAAGCUGCUAUUGUGCAAUGCCA